UUCUUCUUUAACCACUUCUCUCUUUACUCUUUAUUCCCAAACCCCCUCCCCCUUCUCUAUCUCUUUUAAUUUCUCUCUUCCUUUCUUUUCAGACCUUUAUCUUUCUGCAACAUUCUUGAAUCUUUUUCAGUUUUCUAGCAUUAUCGAAUCUUUAAAGAAAGAUAACGCUUCUCAUCAAGAUACUUCAAUUCAUAGAUUGUCUUCUUAGGGUUUUCUGUAACUGUUUGGUUCAUCUGGGCUUCCCUUACUUUGAUCAUGGAAUCAAUCUUCAGACAACUUCUACUUUUCCUGCUAAUUGGAUUCGCCAUUGCCGACAAUCCUCAUUUUCACUUCGAUUGGACAGUUUCUUACACUCCACUGGCUCCUCUUGGAAUAUCCAAACCGGUGAUUACGAUCAAUGGCCAGUUUCCUGGUCCGACGUUAAACGCCACCACCAACGACAUCUUGAACAUCAAUGUUCGAAACGAUCUGCCCGAGCCGUUCCUUCUCACAUGGAAUGGAGUGCAACAGAGGAGGAAUUCAUGGCAGGACGGAGUGGAAGGGACGAACUGCCCAAUAGCGCCGGGGAAGAACUGGACUUAUAGUUUUCAAGUGAAGGAUCAGAUUGGAAGCUUUUUCUAUUUCCCUUCGCUACUUCUUCAGAAAGCUUCGGGUGGGUAUGGAGCAGUCCAUAUCAACAAUCGGGUCGUAAUUCCGGUUCCCUUCUCUCCUCCCCACCAAGAAUUCAAUGUCUUGAUCGGAGAUUGGUACAAUGCAGACAACCGGGAGUUGAGGGCUUCACUUGAUCGUGGCAACUAUUUACCCACACCUGAUGGGAUUCUCAUUAAUGGCGUUGGUCCCUACCAAACAAAUUUCGCAUUUCGACCAGGAGCUACCUAUCGGCUAAGAAUCUCAAACGUGGGCUUGAAAACAUCUGUGAACUUUAGAAUUCAAGACCACCUGAUGCUAUUGGUUGAGACAGAGGGAUCCUACACCUUGAAACAGUAUUACGUGAAUCUCGACAUCCACGUUGGCCAAUCCUACUCAGUCCUCGUCACUGCUAAUCAAUCAUCUGGGAGGUCAUAUUACAUGGUUGCAACCUCCCGGUUCAUCAUUCCUGAACUUGCCGGUAUCGCCAUUAUACAGUAUCCAGGGUCUCAAGCAAAUCCAAUAGGCCCAUUUCCACCUGGUCCUGGACCAUUUGAUUUUAGAUACUCUAUGGAACAAGCCCGUUCAAUAAGGUGGGACUUAUCAGUGGGAGCAGCACGACCAAACCCACAGGGCUCCUUUCAUUACGGCCAAAUCCAUGUAUCACAGAACAUCAUUCUCGAGAAUGACAUGGCAAUCAUAGGAAAUCAUCAGCGUUACACAGUGAAUGGCAUCUCAUUUGUCCACCCAGAUACGCCAUUGAAGCUAGCAGACUAUUUCCAGCUUAACGAUGUCUUCAACACAGAUUCCAUUCCUAAGACACCAGAUGGUCGAUACCCAGCAUUGGGGACCUCCGUUAUUGACCUCAAAUACCGAAAUUUCAUUCACAUUGUGUUUCAGAAUCCCCUACCAAUCUUGCAAACUUGGCACAUCGAUGGCUACAACUUCUUUGUUGUUGGGAUGGAUGAGGGGAACUGGGAUGACAGUAGACGAUCAACGUAUAACCUGGUCGAUGCAAUUUCCCGCUCUACGAUCCAGGUGUACCCAAAUUCAUGGACAGCGAUAAUGGUGGAAUUGGACAAUCAAGGGAUGUGGAAUGUGAGAUCUCAAGAAGCAGAUAAAUGGUACCUUGGCCAAGAACUAUACAUCAGAGUGAAGGGGGUUGGGCAGGAUAACCCUUCAACCAUACCAAUCCAAGAUGAAGCUCCUAUUCCUGCUAAUGUCAUCAGAUGCGGAAGGGCUGGUCGUUUUACCUAAAUCAAAUCCAACUCUCACUUGUCCAACAUCAAUUUUUGGUAAUCUUCUUUCUUCUUGGAAUCAGUUUUCCCCGUAUUGGUUUGACUAAGAUGUAAACAGAAAACCACCAACGUUACCCUUUUCUCCU